CGAAGGCGAGAGAGAGAGAGAGCAAGAAAUGGGGGAGUGGUGGGAGAGAGAAAGGAGGCGAGAAUCAGAGUGAAAGGCUCCACACGGCAGAAUAUAAAUCUGUAUGUUAACAGGACUAAAGCUCGGGGGUCUUGAGGUGGCUUUAGUGCUGAUGCUGCUCGGGGGUGCUUAUAAAGCCUCAAGAGGUGGUCUUCUUUCUUAACUGUGGAUCUGUGCAAAAAAGGAAGUGGAACCCGUGGAAUCAGUGAACGCCGGUGUGUCAGGCACGGUGGUGGGCUGGUCGGAGGUCUCUGACCCCCUCAUUUUCAUUUCUUGGAAGAAAAGAGAAGCGCUAAGAGACACCAGAGAAAAAGGAAGGUGACAGCGAGGGACCAGUGAGCCAUUUCUCUCUUUAUUACUCUCAUUCAGAAAACCAUUGCAGCCUAUUAUCAAUGCGAUGUAGAGGCAUUCUCUCCGAUUGGAGGAGGAAGGGUCCCAUUGACUGCUGAGGCUUAGCGCCCCUCUUUAAACGCUAGUCCUUUUCAUCUCAUUCCCCCCUCUCAUUGCCUAUAUCCUUCUGUCUGCUGUUUUCUGUUCUCUUUCCUUGUCCCUUCCUUUUUACUCGACUCAGGAAUCAGGAGACAUUGCGUUUUUAGUAGAAGUGGGUGUUUCUGUCAUUGUUAUUGGUGCCUCUGCAAAGGACAGCUGAGCGUGGAGAGUGAGAGACAGCUUUGGAGAUAAUAAAACGGCAAACUGAACGAAAAGGGGGGACCUGGCACUCCAGGAACAGCUGACAAACCAAUGGCAUGCGAGACGCAAUGAAAAGAAAAGUGUUAGAGUCUGACAACCAUUUUAAGGUAGCUAUUUACUGAUAAUAUUUCUCCUUCUUGGAUAAAAAAAGAGAGACAGUGUGCCAAACAUCACUGCUGGUUACAUUUUGCUUUUCCUGUUGCUAAGCAAAGUCUCUAACCUGAAGUUCGUUGAGAGUACUGAGCAUCACUUUACAGCCAUGAAAGGAAGCUCAGAGGAAAGCAUUGAAAGUGUCAGGCCCUCGAACCUGCAAGCAUUUGCCAACAUAUCCACCCUACAUGGCAUGAGUCACAUAUUUGCCUACGGACACAUGACAUUCCGUCGAUUUCUUUGGACUAUUUCCUUCUUGGGCUCAUUAAGCUUACUGAUGCUGGUCUGCAUGGAUCGGGUGUCGUAUUACCUAGAGUAUCCUCACGUCACCAAAUUGGACGAAGUGGCAGCCACAAACCUCACCUUUCCUGCUGUUACCUUCUGCAACCUCAAUGAAUUUCGUUUCUCCAAAAUCACWAAAAAUGACCUUUAUCACGUUGGAGAGCUCCUGGCYCUCCUUAACAAUAAUCAYCAGAUUGCCAACCCACACUUGGCUGAAGCUGAGGUUCUGGCUGUGCUAAAGGAAAAGGCGAACUUCCARAACUUCAAGCCCAAGCUCUUCAAUAUGACAGAUUUCUAUAACCGAACAGGGCAUGACAUCGGUGACAUGCUUCUGCAGUGCACCUUUCGGGGAGAGGAUUGCCUCGCUGUAAAUUUCACCACAAUUUACACUCGCUACGGGAAAUGCUACACUUUCAACUCGGGGUUAGAUGGCAACCCUCUGCUGACCACAUUGAAAGGAGGCACAGGGAAUGGCCUGGAAAUCAUGCUGGAUAUCCAGCAGGAUGAAUACCUGCCUGUUUGGGGAGAGACAGAUGAGACAUCCUAUGAGGCCGGCAUAAAGGUGCAGCUUCAUUCUCAGUCAGAGCCUCCCUUCCUCCAUGAGCUGGGCUUUGGGGUCGCCCCUGGCUUCCAAACAUUCGUUUCCACUCAAGAGCAGAGGCUUCAGUACCUCCCACAACCUUGGGGAGACUGCAAGUCCACACCGAUAGACUCAGAAUUCUUCUCCACGUACAGCAUCACCGCAUGCCGCAUUGACUGUGAAACCCGGUACCUGCUGGAGAACUGCAACUGCAGAAUGGUUCACAUGCCCGGUACUUCAACAGUUUGCACACCUGAGCAAUAUAAAGACUGUGCUGACCCAGCUUUAGACUUUUUGGUAGAGAAAGACAACGAUUACUGUGUCUGUCAGACCCCCUGCAACAUGACUCGCUAUGGCAAGGAGCUGUCCAUGGUAAAGAUCCCCAGUAAGGCAUCUGCUAAAUAUCUGGCUAAGAAAUUCAACAAAACUGAGCAAUAUAUUGGAGAAAAUAUAUUGGUGUUGGACAUCUUCUUUGAAGCUCUAAACUAUGAGAAAAUUGAGCAGAAGAAGGCCUAUGAAAUUGCAGGGCUUCUCGGUGACAUUGGAGGUCAGAUGGGGCUUUUCAUUGGAGCCAGUGUUCUAACAAUACUGGAAAUAUUCGACUACCUAUACGAGGUGUUUAAGGAUAAGGUUCUGGGUUACUUUGUGCGCAAGAAACGGCCGCAGCGUUGUCAGAGCGACAAUCUGGAGUUUCCAGAGAACCCAACCAGCCCUGGUGUCACGCCUAAUCAUGCCCCCAGAGCACAUGUGACACCCUCCGGAGUCACUCGGACAGUCUCGGAUUCACGCCGAACAUGUUACCUCGUCACCCGACUUUAGGCAACUUUGAGGAAUUUGCUUGUUGAUGACGCAACGCAGGGGCUGGGGGCACAUUUCGAGACUUGACGGCAAACUGUGAAAUAAUUUGUGCAUUCAACAGACAAGCAUUAAGUGUAUGCUCAAAAGCAGUAUGAUAGAAAUACAAUAUCAUCAUCAACACACACAAAAAGAGACCACUUCCGAAACAGAGCUCAGGUUUAACACCCAUGUGAAGGGCAUCAAUGUUCAUUUUAUCCACAUUUCAUUUUGUACCUUUGGUUUUGUUGAACUGUCACUUUAAAUCAAACAAUCCGCACAGACAAAUCUGUCUAAAACUGGGUCYACAAUCUAUGUUGAGUUUUGUAAYAGCAUUAUGUCAGUUUUGCUGUGUAUUAAUCAAUCAAGAAAACAACAAAUAUAGGGACURKUAUGUGCAAAAGUGUUGAUUGUUUUCAGUACUAUAUCUCCCACCACUUAAACCAGUGCUGUAKUGAAUAACCAUUUACUUUUAAGAGGUAACUGUUGGUUGAAAGAGCUUCUCAGACCUGAGAAUACAUGACUAAUGUUGCCUUUCGCUACAUUGAGACUAUGAAAUGUCUCUAGAAAACUGUGCUUACUUGACUUUGCAAAAGAGCAGGAACUUCAAUAUUUGUAUAUUUGCUAAAGCAUUAUGUAUUAUUUUACAAUUGCUAUGACAUAUUGAACCGAAAAUUUGAUUUAGUCAUUUUGUUAUUUUUGGUGAUGAAAAAGGCAUUUGAUUGUAACUUUAGCUUAUAUUAAAUUUAUUUUGGACUUGUUUUUGGGGUUUUUUAUUGCUUUUUUUCCCAUUUUGUUUUUUAUUUAAUUCUCCUUCCCAUUUAAAUGGAUGCUUGCCACUUAUCAGUUCAAAUAACAUUUAUAUGACAAUAUGUUUGGUCACAGAAUCUUAAAAGCACAUAUCUGUAAGUUAAUUCAUCAUAGUCAACAAGGACAUUUCAGCAAUGCAAAAUGCCAUUUCUUUCAGUCAUCAUGUUCAAUACAUAAAAUAUCAUUCUUUGUCUGACUCACGCACCAGAUUUUUCAUUUGCCAAACUUAUUUACUACUUUUCAGAACUUUCCUCUGAAACAGMAGUCCUACCAGAACACAUGAUCUAAUAAGUUAUGUUUCAGUUUUUAAUUGUGAAUUACAAAAUUGUUCUGACACUAAGGUUCUUGUAUAUUGCAUUGGUAUUUGGAUCAAAGGAUUUUUGUUUUCCUUUUCCAUAUGAACAUCUUGGACUGAAAUUUCUAUGUCUUACACACAGUCUUUGAGUGUCCUCAAAUGUUCAAAUAAUAUUUUGCUGGACUGAUUUGAAAAUUAGGUUGGGCUAACCUGCUGUAGCAGCCUUUCAAAGCUUUCGGCAUGCAGAUGUGAGUGAAUCUUCAUCAGUACAAGGCAAAUUGGAAAACAUAGCACUAGAAAAAAUGUGCUACUAUUAAAUAAUCGCAAUGACAUUUGUGUAGCAUUUACUUACGUUUUGUAGCAGUACAGAGUAUGUGCCAAAUAUAUUCUUUGAUUGUGACUGUCAUGCAAAAAAAAAAUGACAUCACUAAAAAUGGCUGUGGCUGCCUGGCUUGGCUAGAGAUCAAGUUACUAUUGCUGCAGUGCCAGACAGGUAAAAAGUUGAUUCUGCAACUUCUGUUUUCUCAAAGUCACAUAUUGUCAUGCACCAGUGAAACACAAUGCUGAUAUGCAAUAUUGUGAUGGAGGGUUUUAAAUAGCCCUGUACAUUUGAAAUGUUCUUCUUGACUUGAAAGAAUUGGACAAUGGAUAUUUGCRAUAGGUGUCCAGUUUAGCUACUUAAUGUGAAAUUUGACWAAAAUAUUAAAAUAUAUAAAAUUAUUUUAAAACAUUUUUUUCAUAUAAAUUCAUUUCUGAGGACCUAGAUGUAAGAAAAACAAUCCAGAUUGGUUAUUGUAAGACAUUUUGUACAAACAACUUUAAAAAGGACUCUUUCAAAUUCCAUGUUUGAAAGUUUAAAAACUAUUUGGAGCAUAGAAGAGGUUUGAUUAUAUGCUACAGUGGCUUGCCAUAAUUUCUAGGGUGGGUUUCCUUUCUUCACUAUAAACAAGAUGUUCUGAUCACAGAUAAAUGUAAAUCAAUYCAACAAAUACAAAGUUAAAUACUGACACUGAAAUUCAGAACAAGAGUAAGAUAGGAUUUGAAGUUGAAUGAAAAUACUUUAUUUACCAAAUCACAUAGGAAGUUGUUGAACACAUUAUGAAUUUCUACUGUCAAGUUUUAUCACUAAUUUGUAAUGCCUUGCACAAUUUAUUAAUCUUUACAUUUGAUAGCUUUAAAACUUAAUUGUAUUUUAUUGGGAUUAUAUGUGAUAGACCAGCACAAAGCUCAUCUUGAGGUGAAAAGGCUAAAUAUUUUUUGACAUUUGGGUGCUGUAACAUCAUAGACACAAUAUCAGAUGAAGAAUAAUGUGUAAAGAAUAUCAGAUGAAGAAAUUGAAAGAGUUUAACCCUCCUGCUGUCCUUGGGUCAAAAUGACUGAGAUUUGUAUGUGUUUUCCCUAAACACAGAAAAUGAGGACAACAGGAGGGUAAAAACAGGAUAAUCGUAAAGAAAACGUAAAGAUGCAUAUUUACCCAAACACCCUUUUAAGUCUGAGUUUCAGUUGUUCUACAAAGAAGAAUAGGAAGACAUUUUUAAUGUCAAGAUGGACAUWGUUGGUAGUGAGACAAACCCUUAAUGACCUGCAGCUGCAGUUGCAGUAUUGACUCAGGGUGGCUAAAUACAAAAGCAAGUCCCAUUCUUCAGAUUAAAUAAGUUUUGAAUGUGGAAACAUUUAAAAACAAUGCAUCUUUUACUUUCACCUAAAACUUAUGGACUCAUUUUGUCUAUUAUUUAAAAUCACAAUGAAGUAACCCUGAAGUGUAAGACUCUAGUGUAAAAAUAUGUGGAAAUAGUGGGAUGAAGCACUGUAAUAUUUUGCCUGCUGCCAUAUUUGUCUGAAAACCUACCAAAACUAGCACUGUAAUGGGGAAAAAAAUAAAUAGCAACAGGCACAACAAAAGUGACAACUUUCACUGUGAAUGAGCAAGAAUGAUGCCAGAUGAUGCCGCAACUGAAUGCAAAAAUAAUGAAAGGGAAAUGUAUUCCAAUGUAUUAACUGAAAUUUGAAAACAAAGGCUUUACAUAUAUUUACCAAAGUGAAGUUUCAAUAGGUGAUAAGGAAACACUUAAUUCUGGGAGCUAGAGCUAGGUCAAUCCUAGCCGUAUCAGCUGACAUGAAAAUAUUACUUUGGUGAGGUGGUGAAAUUUACAUAGACCACUUUCAUCUCUGGGGGGGGGGAUAUGGGUAGGGGGGGCGGAUAUGGGUAGUUUUCACAAAUGCAACAUUGAUUUGACUUGAACAGAAACCGUUUGGCUCSCUGCUGCCCUUAUUCAACCUGUUCUUCCAUCAUAGUGUCUUAAAGGUACUSAGCAGCACAAUCCCAUGUGACAGUAAUGUAUACACUAAGAAGAGUUUAAAAAGACUGGUGACAUUCCUAAACUUGAUAGAAACUUGUAAAUACCUGCAGUCAAAUACUACAAAAAAAAAAGUCAGAUACUUAUAUAAAGCAUUGCAUAUGAAUAUUUAUAAACUGAUAAACACACAUAGAUCUUAUUCUUUCUUUAUCCAUUAAUAAGAUUUGAAUUUCUACGUCUCUUUUUGGGGAUUACACGCCGACUAAUUAAAGAAUUCGCCUCAAAGCAUCAUAACCAUGCUUCGCAGCACUACUCAGUUUGGUUGAUUUAUAAUAMAGAGCUACAUUGUACAAAUUGACCACUGUAUACAAACAUUAUCCCAGAAAAUGUAAUAAGUCACAAAUAACAGUUUGUGAUGUACAAAUGAUCUAGUAUAAUAAACUAUAUUUACCCAUCCAUGCWYAAGUACAUAACUUUUCUYAUCUUGGCGUCAUGCUUCUUCCUCUGCUUCACUGUUAUUUAAGUCCUCGUCUCUCACAUAUCGGACCUGUAGGUACUGAACAAAACGUCUCAAACCCACCAUUCUCUUUCUUUCACGUGAAAGGAUUUAGAUGCAACAGUUUCAUUUUAUGGUGUUCAAACAGCUGUAGCUUUAUUACUUUGUAGUUUGUGUAUUAGAUGACUGUUGAUGUGAAGCACAAACCCUUGGAAAUUAGCCAUCGCUUGAAAGCCAACGAUGGGAUGUCUGUGAUCCUGACAGCCUUGUGUGGCUCUAAUUUAAAAUGACACACACUGUUAAAUAUGAUGUGCCCUUGGCUCUGACAACAGGAACGGGAACGGAGCUACCUGUAAGGCAGACUUUUUAAGAGAUUUUACAUUUUCAGGACAAAAAAAAAAAAAAAAAGAUAAAUGGAGUUGCAGUAAAAGCAAUAAAGGGGGAGAUGUGGUUGUUAUGAGAAUGGUGUAAAAAAAAAAAGAGGGAAUUGAGCUACAUGAAUAUAGGUAAAUGUCAUUAAAUUAGAAUAUUGUUGGUGAAUUUAUUUCAGUAAUUCCAUCCAGAAAGGAAACAUAUUUCUAGCAGUCAGUGAUGAUAAUGACAUUUCUUUGUAUAAUUCUGGUCUACAGUCACUAAAAUUUCAGUAUUGGCUACAUAAGUCCAAUAAAAAAAUGUUUAUUAUGAAAAUGCYAUAUCAUUAUCUACGCAAUCGAAAAAUACAAUUGCUGAAAAAGCUAGUUAUUCACAUAGUCUUGUACCUGAGAAUUAUAUUGGAAAGUUCAAUGAAAGGAAAACCCUUGUGAGAAAUAGGUGCACUAACAACAGGGUUAAUAGGCUUGAGAUUAUGAAACAAAUUGUUCGGACAUUGCYGAACCAGAGGCAAUGUCUAAAGCAUCGUACUCGAGCUUAAAAAAAGGACCUGAAUGUUGCUCAAUAGUCCAAAGUCCUCUUUUUAGUUGGAAGUAUAUUUUGCAUUAAGCAAUCAAGGUCCCAGAGUCUGGAGGAUAAAGCACAGAAUCCAAGUUGCCUGACAUUUAAUUUGAAGUUUUGAUAGUCAGCGAUAAUUUGGGAGUCAUGUCACGUACUAGUGUUGGUUCACUGCCUGUUUCAUAAGUUCAAAAUCAGCACAGCCAGCUAUCAAGACAUUUUAUAGCACUUUAUGGCUCCCUGUGCUUAAUAACUCUACCCUCUAGACGUGGCUCCAUCCCACACUACUUUAAUUACCAAUACCUGUUUGGUGAUCAGGUUAUCACGAUACUCGAUUCACCAUCAAUCUGGAUUGCCCUAAGCCCCACAGAGAAUAAAGAUUACAGGAAAGAAGAGAAAUAAUCACCAAACUUAACCCAGCAGACAAUUUGAAGGUCAAUAUGAAAACAGUCUGCAUUCCUCAACACGUCAGCAGAGCARCGGCGCCUCAAUGCCACGAUGCAUUGAAUGCAUGCAGCAGAAGACCUGACCGAGUAUAAAGUACAGCACAUGGACAUGCGUUUCAGWGGGCUAACAUUUAUGUAUUAAACAUUUUUUAUUGGUCUUAUGUCCUAAUUUUACAACAAAAAAAAAAUCGUUUUGUAUUUUUAUUAGCUGAAAGUCAAUCUUUAAAGUCAAAGGUAAAUGUUUAAAUAUAUUACAGUGGUUAUUAACUUUAUAUGUGAUAUAGAAUUACUGUAAUUAAUAYAUCAAUUACAUUCUGAAUUAAUGACAUUAAUCUGCAUUAAGCAGCAGGAGUGGAUGUAAAAUAGAAAUCUUCCAAUUGUAACACAAAGGAAUGAAGGUGGCCAUUGUAUAAAAACCAUCACCAUCCAAACAUUUAACACUGAGGUGCCAAUUCUUGUUACACUAUGAUGCUGCUCUAAUGAUGCUGCAUUGCUCUGAUGGAUUUGGGUGGGAGUCGAGUUACUGGGAAAAACAAAAAAAUGAAGAAAAAAAAAAAACUGACUCAACUUUUCUGCAUACUCUGGAGAUCCUAGAUGAGGGUUUUGGUGGAAUGUCCCAGGUCUUUACCUCUAACCCCAACCCCUGCCUUAUUACAUGUAAAAGAACAGCAGAGUGUACCUGAGCUGGCAGAAAUCAUCAAUGAACUUCAUGAAGUUGAUAUUUACUGCAUAGCUAUAGUCAAAAUACAAGUAUUCUACACAAACAACUAUUUUAUGCUAAUAUUUUACAGCGAAUCACAUUUUCUCCUUGCAUGAUCAUUAUGUAUUCCCAAUAUAUCAGAUCUAUCAAUGUAAUGAUAGCUAUGCUGUUCACUUUGUAUUGUCCAAGGUGUAUUUCUGGAGUCAGAUGAAUCAAAAAGGGUUUUCUCCACAUCUUUAUGAAAUGUAUUUGAUAACACACACAAACCUCUUAGCUAUUUUAGCAAAGGUUGUUUAAAUAUAUUGCAGCUUAAACUGAAGCUGAGGUGUGCCUUUAAGACAGAUUCUUACAGGUAAUAUUUUACCCUUCCCGACACACACAUCCACAAAUAUCUGGAGACCCGGAGUCGYUUCAUCUGGCUCUACAUGCGCUAUGUGUAUUUUACUGUAGAUAUGUGAUUUUAACUCUGUACAUUAAAUAGUUACUACACACUUGACUGUUUUUGCCCAUAAAUUAAACGUUUAUCCUUUUUAAAAGAUGUUGAUUGACAGAUGACAUUUUAUAUCCGUUUUGACACAUCGGGUAUUCGACAUGGAGAAGGAAAACAAAUGUGGAAACACUUUGUUGGGGAGGGAACAAGAAAUGUCUAAAUUUGUAUAUUUAAAAUAAAUUCCUGCACAAGUCUAGUGAAAAUGAGUUUGCAAUUAACAGUCAAAGUUACUCCACAUUAGCAAAACUGGACCACACAAGAGAGCCGUUAGCAGACCUUCAAGUUGUUAAGAUAUAGGUUAAUCCCAUGUGAAAAUGAUAAUUUAAAAACAUUUAGAUUUUUAUGGUAUACUUUACAAAGACGGAAUAUUCAGCCGUCAUCUCUCAUAUCUGAAUCAGAUAUAGAUUCAGUGCCACUUGAUAAACUAUGAAUGUCACUUUACAAUAUUCAGAACUUUAUAGGUUAUGUUGUUGUAGAAAACAUAAUAAAAUCAAAGACUAUUAAUGUUAAAGUAUAAAUGUUUUGCAAGCACAAAAAAGUUAAAACUGUUUAGGUAGAAUCAAAAAUGCAUCUAUGACAUUAAAAUAUGUAGCACGAUAUCUCUUAGCACAAUAUGCAAUUGAUACCUGGUUAAAAUUAUCUUUAAGGUGCCAAGAAUCUUUAUUUGUUGUGUAAUUAUGGAUAAAAACUUUUUUUUUUUUACAAAAACCAAUAUUGAAGUUUGAUUUAAUUUGUAAUUUCCACAUGUAUUUAUCUAAAAUAAAUCAGGKUGACAUCAGCUUUUUUUAUCCCGCAAAAUUUUAAAAUAUUGAAUAACUCAGGAGUGAAUGAUUUCUCACAGAAAAGAAAAGGUGUAUCCUUUUUACUUGGCUAAAUAUGGAUUCUUAAUGGCUUUGACAUAAAGUCACAAUGUUUGUCCAAAGUUCUAAUGAAUUCAAAUACAGAAGCCAAAGUGCAAAACCCAUCCUUCAUUCAAAUAAAGCUUCUUAUUGCUGCUGCAAUCCACAAAACAAAGAAGCAAGAAAAAAAAAAAAGUUGGUUGUUUUUUCUUUAUAAUUUAAGUCAAAAGCACGCAUCCUUCAAACAUUUUAAAUGCUUAAAAUGUCACUAAACAUAUCUACACAACUACUGAAUACAAUUCUGUACCAACUAAAGGUUUUGCUACAUCUAAGUAAAAGAAAACAGACAUUCCAUGUUUAAUAAAUACAUGCACCCAUUAACUAUUUUACAUAAUUCAAAUGAAGGAAACAUAUUUUCCACAGUGAGACAGUUGCCUUAGAUGCCACUCAAUCUGCUGGCUUUUAAUAGCAAAAUUAUCACUGUAAUCAUCUGGAGUGGAAUAAAACAUCUAAUAUGUUAAUAUGGCAAUUACUAAACAAAAAAAGCUCACGGUGCAAAACAGUUUACAGAAUUAGAUGCGUUUCCUCUUUAAACUAGUAGAAAACCAUUUAAAAAAAGCAUUUCAGAGAUAAACAGUGUCAAAAUGGUAAAAUGUUUCACAAAUGGUCAUCAUGUAAAUAUUGGUCUACUUAGUAAUAGCUGUAUUAUUCUGAAUGUCCGUGUUUAACGCGUAAUAAUCUUCUAAACUAUUGUGACAAAGUGCACAAAUAUAAAUACAAAGAUGCAAAUAAAAAGCCUGAGAAUAAAAACUUAUAUUAAUAAAGUUGCUUUUUAUACUAAUCUACAAUGGUCAGUGGAACAAACCCUUCUGAAUCAGCAUUUAAACUAUAAGAAACGGUAAAAGUGUGAAGUCCUCAGAGUAAAAAUAGCCUGCAGUCUUUUCAUCCUCCUUUGUGUUAUUUCUUGGAAAAUUGUUUAUUUGGUAGCAGCGACAGCUGGGGAAAAUAACAUCUGCAGCUAGUUUAGCCUCAAGAGAAAAGAACAAGUUUAUACUCAGAAAAAUUUAAUUAAAUCCUACAAUUUACUGUAGCAGUUCUGAGAAGGAAGGUUGCUGCUUCCCUGUGAUAAGUACUUAAUGAAAUCCUUACUUCCUGGAAGUCUGAUUAAAAAAAGUAAAACUGUCAAAAAGGGGAAGCAUUUGAAAAGUAUAUAGUUUCUAAACUCCUGAUAAACACUAUGGUGGACCGCAUCAGCUACUUGGGGGSAGRGGGCCGACAUUAGCAACAGCAAAAUUUAACAGAAUAUAAAGUAUUCAAAUCAAUAAAUAUCUAUGCACCAAAAUACUUUAAAGACCACUGAGAUAUAAACCRAAUGAACACCAAUUACAGGAUUUUAACCCCAAAAAAACAAGGUUGGCUUUUAAUGUGGAUAUUAGUCACAUGUGGCACCUGCCUAUCUGAUAAGGCAGGUGGUUCCAUUAGCGUUAUGGUGCAUGUAUAUCGAUAAACUCCUCCAGGCAGACCUAUUAAGAUAGGAGAAUUCAGAAUCUGUCAAAAGAUUGUAGGCAGAUAACUCUUAKGUUCUUUAUUUAGUGUUAAUAUGGACCAAUUGGCCACUGGGGCUGAAGGGAACAGCUCGUCUAAAAAGGUAGCYAAACCCAAAGCGGCYUUUUAAAGCCGUUACAAUCUCAAAAAUGCUACAGCCAAUCUGAAUUUAUACCAAAUUAUACCUUCCCUUUAAGCCAGGCCUGCACCCUAAUGGACAUUAGCAUCAAUAGAGGGGGAGAGGGGGACUGGAAUGGAAAUGUAAAGUGGGGACAGUGCAUGAAGCAUACAAAUCUAAUCAACAAGGCUGCCGUCAUGCUGCUGAUUGAUGCAAGAUAAGCUGCUUGUAUGCAAGCACACAUUGAUGCUUCACUGAGCUGCCUCUAAAUCACCAAAGUGGAACAGCAACAGCUUUGCAAGAACACUAAUAAGGCAUAAACAAAGUGCGAAAUAAUUGAUAUAUAUUGCUACAGUUUUGUUCACGAGUUUAUAUACACUCAUCAUGGGCAAUAAUCAAAUUUAUCAGUAGAAACUACUUGAACAGCAAGUUGCAAACCCCAGAGACACCUUAGAGUUGACAUAAUGCCAACAGGUGAAACGUUUCAUGGUCAGACAAGGCAAAGAUGGGAAAACUUUGACCUCAAUAGGAAGAAGUGUGUUGGGAUGUGGGGGGUUAGAAUCUAAGAACAUGGUCUGCGCUGUAGGGAUUUAUGCUGCAGAGAGGAUGGAAUAAUGCUGGAGACCUUUCUGUGUUUUUCAAUUCCACCUCAACCCAACAGCUAGCUGGUUAAAACUGCUCCAACAGGACAGCAAUUCAAGCAAACAUCAAAACUGGAUUUGGCUUGGAUAAAGCCGACUUAAAAAAGGCCUAUGCAAUUAUACUGAAAAGCCGAGUGUGUGCCAGGAGACCAAGCAACUUAAAUUAACAACAUCCUGCCAGGAUGAGUGAUCAAAUAUCCAGCCAGGUUUAUGCCAGAAACGUCUUCAGGAAAACAGAAAUAUAGUGGUCCUAGUGUAAUUUACUACAAGACUAUGGGAUUUGAACUUGUAAUUUUUUUUUUAAAUUCUGUUACAUUAAUCCAUGAAUUCUUUUACUUCUACCCUUAAUCGUUUUUGUAGAAAACAUUUACUAAAGCUGUAUAUCGCAUAAGCAAUCCAUCCUAGAAAAUAGCAGUUUAAAUAAUUUAUUAACAGCCUCAAAUUAACAUAUUACAGAUGAUGACCAUAUAAAAACCCCUGACUGGAACUGUAUACAUAUCAAUCAUAAAAGUUCCUAAACAAACAAGUUGUUCAAAGCUGACUUACUUUCAGCCGUACUUCCACCUGCAAAUAUAAAUAUAUUUAUGGAAAUAUAAAUCCAUAUUAGGUAUGGAUUUACCUAAUAUGGUAAAUCCAUAUUUACCAUAAAUCCAACACUUACCAGUGUAAGUGUUGGUACACUUACACUGGUCUCUACUGGUGUUAAGACUUGUAUAAGCAAAAAAAAAAAAAAAAAAAAAAAAAAAAAAAA